AUGGGAGAACUUGGCGAGAGCUUCAAGCUGCAGCGUCGCGCGCAAGCUGCUGAGAAGGUGCGGGGAGAAGGUGGGGACGAGGAUGAGGCCGACGAAGAGGGAUAUACUGGGGGUCGCAGAUCCAGCGUGUCUACUGUGCAUUCAUACCAGCUAUAUACACCGGAUGAGGAACGAACAGUUGUCAGGAAAUUCGACCGGAGAUUGGUGUUGUUUGUGGCUCUGUUAUAUAUGUUGAGCUUUUUGGAUAGAUCUAAUAUUGGAAAUGCGAAAAUCGCCGGGCUCGAUCACGACCUCAAUCUUGAUUCUAAUAGAUAUGAAUGGGUCAUAACGGCAUUCUACAUUUCAUAUAUCUGCUUUGAAUGGAUGAGCAUAUUAUGGAAGAUUAUACCGCCACACGUAUACGUGACAGCCAUCGUGCUCUCAUGGGGAAUCGUCGCCUCCUUGCAAUCCGUAGCGACAUCCUUCGCCGGUCUUCUCGUCCUACGAACACUGUUGGGGAUUGGGGAAGCGGGAUUCACAGGUAUACCCUUCUACCUCUCCUUCUUCUUCAAGCGCGAAGAGCUCGCCCUUCGAACGGGCUUCUUCAUCUCCGCCGCACCGCUCUCGACCACCUUCGCAAGCACCUUGGCAUGGGCAAUCGUCAAGCUGGGCAGAACCGGCCCCAUCGCUGCUUGGCGCUUGCUCUUCCUCGUUGAAGGCUUUCCCAGCGUGAUCAUCGCCGUUAUAGCCUGGCACAUCAUCCCAGACAGCCCAGGCAGCGCAUCCUACCUCACUAAGCGCGAGAAGCGGGUCGCCAAACUGCGACUCCGAAAGCAGAAGGAUGCCAAAACCAGCGCGUCAAAACCCGGACUGAAUUUCAAAGAGAUACUAGAGACGCUCACCGACCCCAAGAACUACCUCACCGCAUUCAUGUUCUUCUGCACCAACAUGGCCUUCUCGUCGUUGCCCGUCUUCCUUCCCACCAUCCUUCACGAGAUGGGCAACACAGUCCUCAUCUCGCAAGCCCUCUCCGCCCCACCCUACCUACUCUCCUUCUUCAUCGUCAUCCUGACCGCCUACCUCUCUGACCGCCUGCGCAACCGCGCCUCCUUCAUCGUGUUCCACGCCCUGCUGUCCGCGCUCGGCUACGCCCUCAUCGCUGUCGCCAGCGCCAGCAGCUGGGGCAUGUGGUGGCGCUACGCCGGCGUCUACCCCGCGGCCGUGGGCUUCUUCAGCGUCAUCACCAUCAUCAUCACGUGGACAGUGAAUAACCAAGAGUCGGAGAGCAAGCAAGGAACGGGGUUUGCCAUGCUGCAGCUGAUCGGGCAGUGCGGGCCUUUGGUGGGCACUAGACUGUAUCCCGACAGCGACGCCCCGCUCUAUACGAGGGGCAUGUCGAUAUGUGCUGCGGCGAUGGUGUUGGUGGCUUUGUUGGCGCUGGCGCUGAGAUGGUAUUUGAAGAGGCUGAAUAGGAAGGCCAUCCAGGGGUAUGGGAAGAUUGGGGAGGAGGGGGAUACGCUGGUUCCGAAAAUGGGAGGAAAAUCUACAGCCCCUUUUGAGUUUAUGCUUUGA